GCGGUGGCGGGCGUGGAGCGCGGCAUCACCGCCUCUCGGAGGGCUGGGUGGGGCCCGAGUCGCCCCCAUGCCGAUCUCGCCCGGCGAGGGGCGACGCCGCAGCCUCCCGCCUCCUCGGCUAGAGGAGGGGAGCAUCACCUACGCCCCUACUUCCCCCGCGGCCCCCGCCCUGGGAGCCGGGAGGGAGUAUGGGCGGGGCCGGGGGCGUCUUGGGACACGGGAGUGGGGUGGCGCCCAGUGGGUUUGCUUCUGCCUUUCUCCGUCACUUUCCAUCGCUUUUCGGAGGAUUCCUUCACCCCUCCCCAAUCCUUCCCUCUCCCUAGGGUCUAGCUAGAGUCAUCUCUGGGACACCUCCCUCAAUCCCUCCUACCCUAAUCCUGGCAGAAUUAACUUUCUCCUCCGGACUGCUCAAUUCUAUAUUGGAGUCUUCCCUACACGUAGAUCUUUGGGGUCUUGUUCGUGUCUUUCCCCUGCACUAGGUCCGCGAGCCUCUCGAGGGAGGAGACCUUGGCUCGCCCACUGUAGGGCCUGACAUUUAGGAAGUGAAGUAGGAAACCCGGCGUGCCCCUAAACAGGGAAGUCGUCACAAGAGUUUUUAUUACGGGAUGUUUGGGUUUGGUUUCUUUUGGUACUCCCAUCUUUCCGGAGCAGGCGGCCAGCUUUGUUUUUAGGUAUUAGGAGUGGACUGGGAUGAUUUUGUUGUGGUCUGCCUAGCCUACUGUCCCUUUAACUCUUCCGUGACCAUGCACUUGAAGAUACUGUUUGUGAUAUGUGAAGAAACUCCUCGUUUCUCUCAUACUAUUAUCCAGCCAUUUGUGUGUGAGUGAAGCCUUCCCCAGGACAGCUUUGGCACAUGGUAUCAUGUUUCAUAAUGGUUUCGUGUUUGGAAAGAGUUGCUGCAAGAAGGCUCACUUUGUGCUCAGCAUUGCCUGAAUAACUUAUUGCAAGGAGAAUAUUUUAGCCCUGUGGAAUUAUCCUCAAUUGCACAUCAGCUGGAUGAGGAGGAGAGGAUGAGAAUGGCAGAAGGAGGAGUUACUAGUGAAGAUUAUCGCACGUUUUUACAGCAGCCUUCUGGAAAUAUGGAUGACAGUGGUUUUUUCUCUAUUCAGGUUAUAAGCAAUGCCUUGAAAGUUUGGGGUUUAGAACUAAUCCUGUUCAACAGUCCAGAGUAUCAGAGGCUCAGGAUCGAUCCUAUAAAUGAAAGAUCAUUUAUAUGCAAUUAUAAGGAACACUGGUUUACAGUUAGAAAAUUAGGAAAACAGUGGUUUAACUUGAAUUCUCUCUUGACGGGUCCAGAAUUAAUAUCAGAUACAUAUCUUGCACUUUUCUUGGCUCAAUUACAACAGGAAGGUUAUUCUAUAUUUGUUGUUAAGGGUGAUCUGCCAGAUUGCGAAGCUGACCAACUCCUGCAGAUGAUUAGGGUCCAACAGAUGCAUCGACCAAAACUUAUUGGAGAAGAAUUAGCACAACUAAAAGAGCAAAGAGUCCAUAAAACAGACCUGGAACGAGUGUUAGAAGCAAACGAUGGCUCAGGAAUGUUAGACGAAGAUGAGGAGGAUUUGCAGAGGGCUCUGGCACUAAGUCGCCAAGAAAUUGACAUGGAAGAUGAGGAAGCAGAUCUCCGCAGGGCUAUUCAGCUAAGUAUGCAAGGUAGUUCCAGAAACAUAUCUCAAGAUAUUCCACAGACAUCAGGUACAAAUCUUACUUCAGAAGAGCUUCGGAAGAGACGAGAAGCCUACUUUGAAAAACAGCAGCAAAAGCAGCAACAGCAGCAGCAGCAGCAGCAGCAGCAGCAGCAGCAGCAGCAGGGGGACCUAUCAGGACAGAGUUCACAUCCAUGUGAAAGGCCAGCCACCAGUUCAGGAGCACUUGGGAGUGAUCUAGGUGAUGCUAUGAGUGAAGAAGACAUGCUUCAGGCAGCUGUGACCAUGUCUUUAGAAACUGUCAAAAAUGAUUUGAAAACAGAAGGAAAAAAAUAAUACCUUUAAAAAAUAAUUUAGAUCUUCAUAUUUUCCAACAUUAUCCUGUGUGAUUACAGCAUAGGGUCCACUUUGGUAAUGUGUCAAAGAGAUGAGGAAAUAAGACUUUUAGUGGUUUGCAAACAAAAUAAUGGGAAAGUGGAACAAUGUGUCAGUUGUAGGACUAAAUAAUGAUCUUCCAGAUAUUAGCCAAAGAGGCAUUCAGCAAUUAAAGACAUUUAAAAUAGUUUUCUAAAUGUUUCUUUUUCUUUUUUGAGUGUGCAAUAUGUAACAUGUCUAAAGUUAGGGCAUUUUUCUUGGAUCUUUUUGCAGACCAGCUAAUUAGCUCUCGCCUCAGGCUUUUUCCAUAUAGUUUGUUUUCUUUUUCUGUCUUGUAGGUAAUUUGGCUCACAUCAUGUAAUAGUGGCUUUCAUUUCUUAUUAACCAAAUUAACCUUUCAGGAAAGUAUCUCUACUUUCCUGAUGUUGAUAAUAGUAAUGGUUCUAGAAGGAUGAACGGUUCUCCCUUCAACUGUAUACCAUGUGCUCCAGUGUUUUCUUGUGUUGUUUUCUCUGAUCACAACUUUUCUGCUACCUGGUUUUCAUUAUUUUCCCACAAUUCUUUUGAAAGAUGGUAAUCUUUUCUGAGGUUUAGCGUUUUAAGCCCUACGAUGGGAUCAUUAUUUCAUGACUGGUGCAUUCCUAAACUCUGAAAUCAGCCCUGCACAAGUACUUGAGAAUAAAUGAGCAUUUUUUAAAA